AUGGUUCGUUCAACCGCAUACAAGGCCAUCGCGGCCGCCUCUCUCUUUUCGCGGUUCUCCUCCGCAGCCAUCACAGCCUGCCCGAACGAUGAGGCCGAAUGGGAAUCGCCCAUUGGAGUCAAGUACACCGUCUGCCCUGGCUCUGACUACCAGUAUGGUGGUGGCAGUCUCCAAUAUGUUCAAAAUGUUCAGACCACAGUCGAGUGUGUCCAGAUCUGUGACAAGGAUGCUCGCUGCAACAGAGCCGUCUACGACAAGGAGCUCAAGGUUUGUCACGUUAAGGACACCAAGAACGAGAUGAACUGGGCAGCCGACGACCGUUUCGACUCUAUCCGUAUGACAAACGACUUUGUCGACGGCACAUUCCUUGCUACCUGCCCCUUCAAGGAGGAGGGCUACCGAGUUCCCAAGGGCAGCGCCGACUACCGUGUCUGCCGCGGCACCGAUUACACCGGCAACAGCGCCAAGAUUGUUCAGGAUGUGACGACCAUCCAAGCCUGCUCUGAGCUCUGCUCCAACACUCAGAACUGCAAGAAGGCUGUUUUUGACAACAUCAACAAUGUUUGCCACAUCAAGGCCGCCGAGCCCGAGACAUCUCUGUUCUGGGUCCAGAACAAGCAGUUCGACACCAUCCACGUCCCCGAGAACAUCAACCCGGCCGUCCAGGGCAAGUGGGGCGACCUCAUUCGUCUGCCCGUGAUUCCCGUUGCGGCUUACAUCGUCCCGUCCUACCCCGAGCCCAGCAGACUGCUGUUCUUCUCCUCGUGGGGUGUGGACGCCUUUGGCGGUGCUUCUGGCAUGACCCAGUACGGUGACUACAACUUCGCUACCGGUGAGAUUUCUGAGCGCGCUGUCACCAACACCCACCACGACAUGUUCUGCCCGGCCAUCAGCCAGCUUCAGGAUGGCCGCAUCGUCAUCCAGGGCGGCUCCGACGCCGAGGCCGUCAGCAUCUACGACCCGGCCACCAACAACUUCACUCGCGGUCCCGACCUGAAGGUUGCCCGUGGCUACCAGACUUCUACCCUCCUCUCCAGCGGCAAGAUCUUCACCAUUGGCGGAGCCUACUCUGGCAAGCGCGAGGGCAAGAACGGCGAGGUGUACGACCCCGAGGCCAACGAGUGGACCUACCUCCCCGGCGCCGACGUCACCCCGAUCCUGACCAACGACCACGAGGGCAUCUGGCGCGAGGACAACCACGCCUGGCUCUUUGGCUGGAAGAACAACAGCAUCUUCCAGGCCGGCCCGGGCAAGGACCAGCACUGGUUUGGCAUCGAGGGCACCGGCUCCGUCACCAAGGCCGCCACCCGCGACGACGACGACGCCAUGUGCGGCACCUGGGUCAUGUACGACGCCGUCGCCGGCAAGAUCCUCUCGGCCGGCGGAAGCCCCGACUACACCGACAGCGACGCCACCGUGCAUGCCCACAUCACCACCAUCGGCGAGCCGGGCACCCCGUCCGAGGUCGAGCGCGUGGCGGACAUGGCCUUCCCCCGCGGCUUCGCCAACGCCGUGGUCCUUCCCGACGGCCAAGUUCUCGUGACGGGUGGGCAGCGCAAGUCCCUCGUCUUCACCAACACGGACGGCAUCCUCGUCGCCGAGCUCUUUAACCCGGAAACAAAGGAGUGGAAGCAGAUGGCGCCCAUGGCCGUCCCGCGCAACUACCACUCCGUCGCGAUCCUCAUGCCCGACGCCACCGUCUUCACCGGCGGCGGCGGCCUGUGCUACGUCCAGCAGAUCCUGGGCUCCACGGCCGGCUGCGACAAGACGGUCGACCACGCCGACGGCGAAAUCUUUGAGCCCCCCUACCUGUACAACGCCGACGGAACCAAGGCUGCGCGGCCCGUCGUGUCCGGGGUCACCAAGGAGGCCGUCAAGGCCGGCGCGACGAUUACCUUUACCGUCGAGGGCGUCGAGGCCGGCGGCAAGGGUGCCAAGGUCACGCUCAUCCGUACCGGUAGCGUCACGCACUCGUCCAACACGGAUCAGCGCCGCAUCCCGCUCGACAACGUGCAGGUCGACGGCCAGUCUUUCUCCGCCAAGUUGCCCGAGGACUAUGGUAUCCUGCUCCCCGGGUUCUACUACCUCUUUGCCUCGAAUGCGCAGGGCACGCCUAGCAUCGCAAAGACUUUGCACGUUGUCUUGUAG